AUGCUCGCUGUGCCCGACAUGGCGGCUCCCAGCGCGGGGCUGCGCCAGCGCCGCCCGGGCCGGGCCGGAGCCCCCGCUGGAGCUCCCGGAGCGGCCCCCGCUGCAUCCCCCGAGCCCGGGCUCGCUAGCGCGGCCCCGCCGCUCUCCCCGGGCACCUUCUGGCUGACCCGCAUCGUGCUGCUGCGCUCCAUUGCCUUCCUGUACUUCGUGGCCUUCCUGGUGGCCUUUCAGCAGAACAAGCAGCUGAUAGGAGAGAAGGGGCUGCUCCCCUGCAAGCUCUACCUGCAGGAGGUCAAGAAAUACUUCAAGGGGGAGGUCGGCCUGGAUGCCCUGAGCUAUGCCCCCACUCUCAUCUGGUUCCUGGACUGGUCUGCCAUGGACAGCACCUUGGAUUGCCUGGCCCUGGCUGGCCUGGCAGUGGCAGCCUUUGUGCUGCUGACUGGCUGUGCCAACAUGGUCCUCAUGGCCCUGCUGUGGCUGCUCUACCUCUCCCUGGUCAACGUUGGACAGAUCUGGUAUUCCUUUGGAUGGGAAUCACAGCUCCUGGAGACAGGAUUCCUGGGAAUAUUCCUGUGCCCCCUCUGGACCCUGUCCCGCCUGCCCCAGGGCUCUCCUCCUUCCAGGAUUGUCAUCUGGAGCUUCCGCUGGCUGAUUUUCAGGAUCAUGCUGGGAGCGGGGCUGAUUAAAAUCCGAGGAGAUCGCUGCUGGAGAGAGUUAACUUGCAUGGAUUAUCACUACGAGACACAGCCCGUGCCCAACCCCAUCUCGUACUUCAUGCACCGCUCGCCCUGGUGGUUCCACCGCCUCGAGACCUUGGUCAACCACUUCAUCGAGCUGGUGGUGCCCUUCUUCCUGCUGCUGGGCAGGAGGAUGGGCAUCCUGCACGGCCUCCUGCAGAUCCUCUUCCAGGUGCUCCUGAUCAUAAGUGGGAACCUGAGUUUCCUGAACUGGCUGACCAUGGUGCCCAGCCUGGCGUGCUUUGACGACGCCAGCCUGGGGCUGCUCUUCGGUUCGCGGCUGCGGGAGCGGGCGGCGCGGCUGCAGCUCUCGGGGGGACAGAGGCUUUCCCUGGGCUCCUGUGUCCGCAGAGUGCUGAACAUCUCCUUGGGGCUCCUCAUCGCCUACCUGAGCAUCCCGGUGGUGCUGAACCUGCUCAACUCCAGACAGGUCAUGAACACCUCCUUCAACCCCCUCAGGAUCGUCAACACCUACGGAGCCUUUGGGAGCAUCACCAAGGAGAGGACAGAAGUCAUCCUUCAGGGGACAUCCAGCCCGGAUCCCAAUGACCCCACAGCAGUCUGGGAGGAGUUUGAGUUCAAGUGCAAGCCCGGGGACCUGAGGAGGAGGCCGUGCCUCAUCUCCCCCUACCACUAUCGCCUCGACUGGCUCAUGUGGUUUGCUGCCUUCCAGCAGGGUUUGGUUGCUACUGUGGCUGCUUUGCUCUGGCUCCUCGCUGGUGCCUGCCUCAGCAGAGCUGUGGGUUUCAGUCCUGCACAGUUGUUAAAUUCUCCUGGACACCAGUGAAUGUGUUCAAG